AGCUAGCAAAUCACCCCAGCUUCAUUCUUUCAAGCUGAUCAAUCAGGGGCCAAAGAGUGAGAGAAAAUAAUGGAUCACAACACACGAGUUUUGGUUAAUCUGAAGUCACUGGUGAUCCUGAGCAUGCUCUGGAUUUGUGGAUCAUAUGCAAUAAGCAUAUCUAUGAAAGACUGUUGCCUCAAAUAUUCAAAAGGAUCUCUGCCAUUUAGGCGCAUUGCUGGCUACGUGGAGCAGAAGUCUAAUGAAGUUUGCCGGAUAGAUGCGAUUAUACUGUAUACUGUGAAAAGUCGGUGGGUUUGCGCAGAUCCUCAAAAUGUAUGGGUGAAACGUGCACUUCGCUAUUUAAGUGAGAGGCUGGGGAAAAUGUCCCAGAAGAACACAACUGUUCAACCUACAUCAGCAAGAAUUAAAUGAUGUCUUUAUGACCAUCCAACAAGGUUAUUGUACAGUUUCUUUUUACAGCAAAAUCUUAAGCACUUAGAAUUAAUUAAAGCCAUUCUGUAGUAUUAGCUGCUGAUACAUGUUCAAAAUAUAUAUAUAUUGAUCUAAUUAAUAGCAGGUUACCUGAAGAUAUGAGGCUACCUUUGGGAUUAAUUUUGGGCAUGUUACCUUCAAAGAAUGUAUUUCUGCAUUAACCCCUAGGAUGUUGACGUUGGGGUUUCAGCGAUGGUAAUGUCGUUGAAUGUCAGGGAGAUGGUUAUAUUCUCUUUUGUUGGAUAUGAUUCUUGCCUAGCACUUUUGUGCCAUGAAAAUUACUUGCCCAUCAUCACAAGGCUGAAUAUUGUCCAGCUCUUGCUGCAUGCAGGCAUGGACUGCUUCAGUAUCUCAGGAGCUGUGAAUGAUACUAAACUACAUGCAAUUGUCAGCAAGCAUGCAAUUUCAGGCCUAGGGAAUCCAAUAGGUGGUAAUCAACAGGUUUACUUGCCUGUAUUUGACUUGAUUCCAUGAGACUUCAUUGGGCAACAUUGAAUGGAAGCAACAGGGGUCUCUCUCACCAGCUGGAGAGCAUGGUGGGAGCCCUGCAUCACUUCUUUUAAGCACUGCCUUACAAAUUAAAUGCCACUCAGGCACUUAACUGGACAGCAGCAAGCCUUUCCCGGGAUCAAAGAAUCAAAGACCCCGGGGACGGGGGGCCGGAGCAGGAGUCCCACCCAUUGAGAGCUGCCAGCUAAUCAUAAGCCAGCUACUCUAUUGAAUGGUAGCACCACUGGGGAGGUGGUGGCUGCUGCAGCUACUAAACCCACCCUAGGCCCAGUAUCGUUGCUGAAUUCUAGGCUACUGGUGAGUGAUAGCAGGAGGGGGUUGUUGCAGGGCAGGGAUCACAGGAGGAGGAGAGGUCAGCAGCAAAAGUAGGGGGAUAGCUCCUAGCACCCCCACCCCCUAUUCCUGAUGCCAGGUCCCUGAAUCAGGUACUGAGUGCAUUUGAAUAAGGGACUUGCACCUCUGGAAGCCUGCAAGCAACCCCACAAGAUUAUUUGCUUGUCAUGCUUCCUACAUGGCAAGCCCCCUGUGCACUGCUGGGUUAAUGCCAGUGGUGGCAGAAUGGGGCCCUUAAUUGCAGGCCUCAGUUGGCAGCAGGAAGCAAAAUUGUCCAUGAGCCUUCUUGCCCUGGACUUAAUUGGGGUGGAGGUGUGAAGGCAAUGGGAUGCCUCCUCCAGCACUAAGCUUGCCAUGAGGGAGGGCAUUAAAUUCUGUCCAUUGCUGAGGACUCCUGGGGCUACCCCAUUCUGACUGCAAGCUACUGUCCCACCAGUUCUGGUGGGUCUAUCCUGCUGGUGGGACAGGACAUACUGAAGGAUGGUGGUGUAUGGGCCAUUGUCUGUAAGGUCUGAUUCCGUGAUUAUGACUAUGUCAGGCUGUUGCUUGACUAGUCUGCGAGGCAGCUCUACCAACUUUGGCACAAGCCCCCGACAGCUAGUAGAGAGGAAUUUGCAGGAUUGACCAGGCAACAUGUGCCUUUGUCAUUUCCAAUGCCUAGUUCAAUGUUGGGUGGUCCAUCUGGUUUUAUGUUGAUUCAACUUUUCAGUAGCGGUUUGAUACAACUGACUGUCAUGCUCAGCCAUUUCAUUUUGAUGCUUGUUUAUGUUCCUAUAAAAUGAAUCAUAACUAUAUAUUACUGUGUAUUGUCACAAAGGGCUACAUCCCGUGUGAGAUGGUUAUUUGGUUUUGUAUCUUUGAAUUACAAUGUUAUAUUUCUGACAUAAUAAAAUAAUAUAAACCUG